AUGUGUAAAAAGGAAUGCGAGGACUGCUGGAUGAUGAGAUUGGAAGACAGCAGUCUCAAAUUCAGAUUGAAAAACGCCGCGUUUAUUGUACUGGAAAAUAUAUUUGCAAGUGGCUAUGGCCUGUUCGUGCCAGAGACAGAUAGAGCCAUCAUUUUCAAUAACAUUCUUAUGAUCAUCGGCAGAUUUAUUGUGUGUUAUAUGCUGAUUAUGUUCCUUCGUAUCAAAGCUGAGAGAAAAUCAUCCGAAUCAAAAUUUCAAGAGUUAAUAGAUCAAGUAAAAGCAUAUACGAGGCAGAAACAAUUAUUGCCACACAUGAAGGAACGUCUUUUAGCUUAUUAUCAUUAUCGUUUCAAAGACAGUUACUUUCGCGGUAAACGGAUUUUAUCAGAUUUGACAGAACCGCUACGUGAAGAGAUUGCACUUCAGUCUUGUCGACGAUUAAUCGAAAACGUAGCAAUCUUUAAGAAUUUGCCAAGAAAUGCUCUGCAAUCAAUAGUGAAAAACUUAAAAUUCGAAUUAUAUUUGCCAAAUGACGUAAUUAUUAAAGCUGGUAGUCAGGGUGACUGUAUGUUCUUUUUGUCUUCCGGGACUGUUACGGUUUUAACACCAACUGGAAAGGAAAUAUGCCAUUUGAAUGACGGUGCCCAUUUCGGUGAGAUUGCGCUUUUAGUGGCGGAUCAGCGAAGGGUAGCUAGUGUUGUAGCGAUUCAAGUCUGUGAGGUGUAUCGACUAGAUCGUAAAAAUUUUCGUCAGUGCAUAGACGUACAUAGCGAAUUAUUCGCAGAGAUUGAACGUAUCGCCACGGAACGCAUAGAAAAAACCAUCAGAGCUGAGGAACAACACAAGCGUUUUUUGAUGCGUCCUAAUCGCUUGCCGAAUUUACGUAAUGAAUCAACGAAAACUUAA